CCUCUUCCUCUCUUGGGAAACCCCUAUUCGUGGCUGAUUACAGUCAUUUGUUGUGACGUCUACUAAUGCAACGUAAACUGUGGCUUGUAUUGAUUGGAAAGGUUUCCUAUUAGUUUCCGAUGCUUCGUUUAAUGAUAAUGGAGUGGGUACGGUGGUGCCCCAGCCCCCUGGUCUGUGGGAUGACUCGAUGAGUGUGGUGGGGUGUGGCGGCGGGGCACGGAACAGCAGAGCGACUGAGUGAGAAGAAUGGGCAGUAGGGGCUGUGACUGCAGGCUCGCUGUCUCCACUGGUGUCCCUACUGCGGUCCUCUACGGCUCCCUGUCCCUGUUUGUCUCCAUUCUGCACAACGUCUUCCUGCUCUACUACGUGGAGACCUUUGUUUCCGUUUAUAAGAUCGACAAGCUCUCCUUUUGGGUUGGAGAGACAGUGUUCCUGAUAUGGAACAGCUUAAACGACCCUCUCAUCGGCUGGCUGAGUGACCGCUCCUUCCUCAGCUCCCCACAAUUUGGCCCCCAGAUCUCCAGCCCAGAGGUGGUACUAAAGCGUCUGGCUGCCCUCUCUAGGAAUGGCCCCCUGUUCGCCCUCUCCUUCCUGGCUUUCUGGGUGUCAUGGGCGCGGCCGGGCCUCCAGUUCCUGGUGUGCUUGUGCUUGUAUGACGGCUUCCUCACCGUGGUGGACCUCAACCACAACGCCCUGCUGGCCGACCUGGCCGUGUCGGCCUACGACCGCACGCGCCUUAACUUCCACUGCUCUCUGUUCAGUGCCCUGGGCUCGCUCUCUGUCUUCCUGUCCUACAGCGUCUGGGACAAGGGUGACUUCUACUCGUUCCGGCUGUUCUGCGUAGUGCUGGCGGUCGUCUCCGCACUAGGCUUCACCGCCGUGUCGCGCCUGUUGAAGAGCCGCUUUCAGAAAGAGGCGCGCCUGAGACGGGACGAGGCGCUGAAACUCAAAGAGUUGAGUAUUGGCCAGGGCCCUCUAACCCAGCAGGAGAAGCCAGUCACUCUAGGAGAGUAUCUAAGGCAGCUCUCCAAGCACAAAAACUUCAUGUGGUUCGCCUCUAUGAACCUGGUCCAAGUGUUUCAUUGUCACUUCAACAACAACUUCUUUCCUCUGUUCCUGGAGCACCUCCUCUCUGACAGCAUCUCUGCCUCCACCGGCUCCAUUCUGCUGGGGAUCUCCUACAUAGCACCCCACCUGAACAACCUUUAUUUCCUGACCCUGUGUCAGCGCUACGGGGUCUACGCGGUCAUCCGCUGGCUGUUCCUGGUCAAGCUGGCUCUCAGUGUGGCCAUGCUGUUGGCCGGGGCCGACCAGGUCUAUCUGCUGUGCAUCUUCAUCGCCAGUAACCGGGUGUUUACGGAGGGCACCUGCAAGCUGUUGAACCUGGUCAUCACAGACCUGGUGGAUGAGGACUUUGUGGUGAACCAGCGCCAGCAGGCAGCAUCAGCGCUGCUCUUCGGUAUGGUGGCCCUGGUAACCAAGCCUGGCCAGACCUUUGCUCCUCUCAUCGGCACCUGGUUGCUGUGUGUCUACACAGGCUAUGAUAUCUUUGAGAGAAACUCCAUACAGGACUCUGCGGCAGCGAUGGCAUCCCCUGUCUCAGGCCAAGCAGGCUUCACUGUUCCACUUCGCCAGGGCUGUUUUUACCUGCUGGUGUUUGUGCCCAUCUCCUGCGCCCUGCUGCAGCUACUGGCCUGGUCCCGCUUCACCCUCCACGGCCGCAGACUGCAGGGCGUCAAGGCCCAGAGGCAGGGAACCCAGCACAGCCACCUCAUGGAUGUCAAGGCCAUCUGAUCUGAGUCCUGCCCUUCCGCACCUUCGCUCAACUGCAUGAUGCUAUACCACCCUCUGCCACUGGGGUCAGCAGGAUGGAACACUGGAGAACAGAUUUAAAUCCCACUGUCAGGGACAAAAAUAUACUGUGAGAAUCUAGCCUUAUUUUGAUAUUAAGAGGACAAAGACUAUAUGUAUGAACUGAUGACUAAAUGAUACAGCAGAGCCAAUCAAAUAAUAAGAUUCCCAUGCCCCUCUCUGGGACAGGGCGAGUAGACCAUCCUAGGUUGAGGCGCAGCCUGGAAUGCAUUUCCAUCCCCAAAGGAACACAAAUUGUCACCAACUUUGCUAUUACAGUGUGGUUACCCAUUUUUGUAUUUUUCACCCCAUGGCAAAAUGUGUUAAAUUGCUGUGUGAAGGAAAAUAUUAAGUAUGAAGGGAAAAAAAAUGGGUGUAUGUGCACACGAGUAUAAAAUCUAAAGCCUGAUUUGCAUGGACCUUGCGCUUUAAAUUACAAUUAGUGUUGAACCAUCACCAUGCUAUUCUCUAUAUUUAUGAAGUACUUCUAGUACGAAUCUGCAUGUUCAGAAUUGUAAAAAGUCAAGGAACUAUUUGUUUUACUUUUUUUAAUUGCCUCGUGUUUUCUCACGCAUUGUUGUAACGUUUGAAGGUGAUGUGUUUAGCAUUUAGGUAGCGAUUACAAAACCCUAAACAACUUCUGUUUACAUGUGUACCCCAGUUCAGGAAAGAGAUGUAUCUUUACACAGUGUACGAAACAUUAGGAAUACCUGCUCUUUCCAUGUGACUGACCAGGUGAAAGCCAUGAUCCCUUAUUGUAGUUAAAUCCACUUCAGUCAGUGUAGAUGAAGGGUUAAAGAAGGAUUUUUAUGAAUUGUGUAUGUUUGCCAUUUAGAGGGAGACUGGGCAAAGGGAAAACCUUUAAGUGCCUUUGAACGGUAGGUAGCAGGUGCCAGGAAGCACCGGUUUGAGUGUCAAGAACGGCAACGCUGCUGGGUUUUUCAUGCUCAAUAGUUUCCUGUGUUUAUAAAGAAUGGUCCACCAUGCAACAGACAUCCAGCCAACUUGACACAACUGUGCGAAGCAUCAACGUGGAACACUUUUGACACCUUGUAGAGUCCGUGCCCCGGCGAAUUGAGGCUGUUUUGAGGGCAAAUGUGGGUGCUACGCAAUAUUAGGAAGGUGUUCCUAAUGUUUUGUACACUGUGUAUAUACUGUACCAUGAAGAGAAUUGAGAAACAGAUUUGACUGAAAAUGGGAAACUGUUUUGCCAUGAUGACCCAACUAAUAUAUGAUCAUCAUGAAGAAUACAUUCCAUACUUUUUCCAAAGUUUAGUUUUGAAUACUGCUGCUACAUGGUUUUCUAUGUGAACAGAGUAUUAAAGGAGUCUUAAAUUCCAUCAUAUUAGUAUUAAUUUUUUUUCUAAAGUAUUGUGAUAAUUUGAAGACACCUUGAUAGUAGUGUUUUUAAGUGACUCAGGAAUUCCAGUUUCAGCACCAUGUGAUUCACUUAGCCAGAAUGGAAAGCAGAGGUUUGAUCUUAUAAGACAUCCUUACGGUAUACAGCAGAGAUGCCUGUAUUUGCCAGUUUUGUUACGGAAUACUGUACAAUGUAUCUGUCUGGUUGUACCCCUGCUCAUUGUAGCAUCGGCCAUUUCCGACCAUCUUUGUGACCUUUUAUUAAAGUGAUCUCACUGCUUGAGAGUU